AUGUUUUGUUGUGGGCCACUUGACAGAAAUGGACUGGGCGUGCCGAGAAUUGGCCCAGACUCAAGGCCCAAACAGUUAGAUACUUUCAAGUCCAAAUCCUUUAAUGGGAAGAGGGAGGUGAAGGAGCUGGACACUUUCCUAUGGAAUAUCGAAAGGUAUUUCAAGUAUCUUAAGAUGGUGAGUCCCAAAUCUCUACAACGACAUUGUUUCUCACCGACAAUACUCUCAUGUGGCAGCGUCAUCGAUCCAUGGAGAUCAACCAAGAAUGCCAAGUAUGAGGCAGGAGAAGGUGAGAUGGCUAAAGCAAAUAGAGAGCGUGAAAGACUAUGUCACCACAUUCCCCAACCUAUUCUAACGGGCUGGGCUGCUGCAAAAGGUGGACUGAGGAGAUUGCCCCUUUUUGUUUAG